CAGAGGCUCCAAAUCACGAGCAUGCAAAUGGGGGCAAUCCUCCUUCCUGCAUCGAAGCUCGACAGGGACGCGAGGAAACUGUCAGGGAGCCUAUCAGACCGCCUGGCGCCUGUCGUCUCCGACCUAUUGACCAGAGCUCUUUGGAUCCCAGCUCCCUGAAGACGGCGACAAUGGGGAACAUCUCGAUGAUGCCCGAGCUGAACCCGCCACAUAAUCACAGACCGCUCGAUCGCCAGAAUAUACCGCGACCGAUUCGGGCUCAUCUGUGGCCAGGCGUCCACCUUUUCCCCGAUGCACACAACGGACCGGCGCAAGGCCAAGUUCCCCGUCUGGUCACAGCAGCCGUGUUGUCUCAAGGAAAUAAUCUUCAUCCGCAAGCUGCAAUUGCGCCAUCCCAGGUUCAAGCUUCCGGUCUGGUAUCAGCGGCGACGCUGUCUCAAAACGAUGUACUUCAUCCUCAAGCCGCACUUGCGCCCUUCCAAGGUCAAUCUUCCGGUCUGCGAGCACCAGCUGCGCUGCUGCAAGGCGACGUUUUCUAUCAGCGAGACUCAGGUGCACCGUUAUUACCAGAUCAAGUCUUCCAUCCCGGCGCGCAGGCCGUAUCUUUUCAAGGCCAUGCGCGCAACUUGCCAGUGCCACCCGAUCUGCAGGAUUCGAACGUUGAUUCUGUCAGCACUUCCUUAAGCGAACUCAGCAUGGUUGCUGAUUCCAGACGCAAUGCUGCUAUAGCUGGGAACAGGGAGACGCCUGUACCCCAGGCUGGGCCAAGCACAUAUCGCAGAGAUCGUGAGCCGUCGACUCCCUCGAAUGCGCGGGGUGAACAAAACACGCCGCGCUACAGUCAUCCGUCUGCUGCGUCCGUCAGCCAGUCACCCGUGAGAUCUGCGAGCCAGCGUUCGUACACGGGUCGCUCGCAAACACGGGAUCCAACUCCUGCCUCGGAACGCGGUCUAUACCCGGAUGUUCACAGAUUUCUCAGAGAUGCGUUCGCCGGAAUUAAUUCGGACCCACCACCGCACUUUGCACGGGCGUUCACAGACAUCGGCGUCACAAACGACCUGAGGCUCGAUCUCCUUGCUAGCUCUGAUCCCCAGGCCGGAGACUGGGGUAACUUAGAGCAGGCUCUUCUCCGCGGUGACAUGGCGAACUAUAUCUUGUGGCUUGCGGUGAAGAAAGGCUUGAAGGAGAGGGCGGAGAGGAUCAUGCUGGGUCGACGACGUUGAUCGGUGUCGAACUCGGUAUGCGUAUCUGCAUUCAUUCUUUGCAUUAUCAAGGUCUCUAUGGAAUGCUCCUGUUAUAGCUCAUCGGUCUUUUAUUCCUGUGCUCCUGUCUCCUUCAAUACUGACUUUCAGCAUCGUGGUCAUGUAGUUUAGACGUUGUACGGCUUUGUCACACCAAUUCAAUUUAUCCAAAAUUCUUCCUGCAAUUGCCGACUCCAUUUGUUCUCGAUUUUACAUGAUUCCAUCAUGUAUUAUUAUGUUCUUUGAAUGGGCAUUGACUCGGAAUCUACACCAUUUCGGCUGUGGCUGAAAGUAAACUGGGCGUCUAUUGA